AUGAAGCACCUCGCCGCUUACCUCCUCCUCGCCCUUGCUGGCAACACCUCCCCCUCCGCUGAGGAUAUCAAGAGCGUCCUCUCUUCCGUUGGCAUUGACGCCGAUGAGGAGCGCCUGAACAAGCUCAUUGCUGAGCUCGAGGGCAAGGACCUCCAGGAGCUCAUUGCUGAGGGUUCCGCCAAGCUCGCUUCCGUUCCCUCCGGUGGUGCUGCCGCCGCUGCUCCUGCCGCUGGCGGUGCCGCUGCCGGUGGUGCUGCCGCUCCUGCCGCUGAGGAGAAGGAGGAGGAGAAGGAGGAGUCCGACGAGGACAUGGGCUUCGGUCUCUUCGACUAA